AUGUCAGAGAAUCGCCAGCGACAGCACAAGUUCUCAAAUAAGAAGGAUGCCGCCCGAGUGAACCGACGGGAAGUGGCGGUUCAGCUCCGAAAGACUGCUCGUGAAGACCAGAUGUCCAAGAGACGUAAUCUUGCUGAAGAUCUCAACACCUCGCCAUUGAAGACGAACUCUCCUGACCGAAAUGACGACGAACGACAGCUUCCAAAGAGCUAUGACGAGAUCCGGUCUUUCUUCGCGAGCGGAAUGCCCUCCCAAGUCCGAAGAGCUUGCAAGGCUUGCCGAAAGAAGCUUUCCGCUUCUGGAAAUCCGCCAAUCGACGAAAUUAUCAAUGAAGGUUUUGUGAGACCUCUCAUUCAAGCUUUGUAUUCGACUGACAACGCCACACAGAAAGAAGCGGCAUGGGCUCUUACCAAUAUCACUUGUGGAAACGAACGACAAACAGCAGAAGUCGUCAAUAAAGGAGGCGUCGCCGCGUUGACACAUUGCUUCACGAAUGAUGAGGAUCCUGAAACUGUGGAGCAAGCGAUCUGGGCCAUUGGUAACAUAGUAGGCGAUGGACCCAGGAUGCGCGAUUUCGUUAUCGAAGCUGGUAUCGUUACAUUGAUCAUGCCACACAUCAAGUCCGAACAAAGCAACGAGUUCCUCGCCAAUUUGACCUGGAUGCUUUCAAAUCUUUGCCGAAACAAGCCUCCGCCUAAAUUUGAGCAGGUGAAACCGCUCCUACUUCCGCUCAAUGCGCUUCUUUGCUGGAAGGACCCUAAAUGUAAUGUCGACGCAGCAUGGGCCCUAAGCUACUUUUCCGACGGGGGCGAUGAAUACGUCGAAGCAAUGGCGAACGUGGACGGGCUCAUAAAACAGUUAAUGGUCCUGGCCUCGUCAGACAAGCCGAAAGUGAUGGUUCCUGCCAUCCGAGCGCUCGGAAAUAGCCUGACAGGAAACGACGAGAACACGGAGACGAUUAUGAACUCUGGCUUCUUGGACAUGGCUGCUUACAUGCUCAAUGGAUCAAUGAGACGCGCAGACAGUGUUAUCAAGGACGUGAUUUGGGGACUCUCAAAUAUCGCAGCUGGCACCCCUAAUCAACAGCAUCGCUUGGCUAGCAGAACAGAUCUUCUCAGAGAAGUCUCGGACCGAUUAAAAGGCGCCGAGUUCAAAAUUCGAAAGGAAUGCUGUUAUGUUUUCGGAAAUCUUGUUACAAGCUCAAAGAAGUUAAAGAAGGACGAUGUUUACAAUCUUAUUAUGUGUCAGUCGAUUGAGUCCGUUGCGACGAUUCUCGAGUGCAACGAUACUCAACUGAUCGAAGUUGCUCUCCGAUUCUACAAAUGCAUGCUUGAGCUGGCAGAUCAGCACAAUAUCGACAUUUUUAGCGCGGUCGAAGAAAGCGGCGCGCUGGACUCAUUCGAGGCUCUUCAAAUGCACCAAAGUGACGAAAUCUACAGCCUUGCCGUCCACAUUGUCGAGACCUGGUUCUGCAACGAAGACUUCACCAAUCCAGAAACUGACGAAAUGGCCUUCAAAGAGCCCCUUCACGAGUCAAACCAAAAAUUUGCCUUCUAA